GCUUACGACGUUUCGUCCUUUUUUUUCGUGUAAUUUGUUUGUGUUUUUUUUUUGUGUGUCUGUUUGGAAAUUCGUGCUCGUCUAGUGGUAAAAACCGGCGGACCGUUUUCGGGAUUUGAUUCAAAUUUGCCGCGACCGCGUCUCCAUAUCGAUUCCGAUUUCCGUCUGAUCGCAGUCGCAGUUGUGAAUUUCUUUUGACGACUGUCUCAAAAUCUUUACUCGUGUGAAGCUGCUUUUUUUAAAACCGUAAAAACAAAUUUUUGUAUGAGUCAAAAGGUAGAAAAACCAGUCCUAUCCGGUCAACGCAUCAAGACCAGAAAAAGAGAUGAAAAGGAGAGAUAUGAUCCAAUAGGGUUUAGGGAUGCAAUAAUCUCUGGCCUCGAUAAAUGUUCAAACGACUUUGAAGGAAUUUCACGAUUUUUGGACAGUGCAGGAAAUAAAUUAGACUACCGUCGUUAUGGAGAGUGUCUCUUUGACAUCCUUAUUGCUGGAGGCAUAUUGGUUCCAGGAGGUUCACUGUCACAAGAGGGGGAUGGGCCUCACAAGACGGACGCGUGUAUUUUUAACGCCCCGGACGAGAUCGACAUGGACAUCAUGAAGAGUUGGGAACAGGUGUUCGUCAAGCUGAUGCGCCGCUACAAAUACUUAGAGAAGAUAUUUCAAGACGAGAUCAAGAAGAUAUUGAUGUUCGUCAAGUAUUUCAACCCCGCCGAAAGGAAAAAAUUGUCUGUGAUGGUGUCGCUGUGGAUAGCGAACGCGAGCAUCCCGUUCAACGCGGUGCUCGUGCUGAACAACUCGCACUUGAUCAAGGACCACCUCGCACUCGACUUCCUCAUCGACAUGUUCAAGUGCUGGCGCCAGGAGAAGGGCGUCAAUUCGCUGCACUCGGCGAUCAAACGGUCCAACAUCGAAUCGCACCUGAUCAGUUUCGUUCCGGACACGAAGCAGUCGCAGCUCUACUUCCGGAACGCCUUCCAGGAGAACGGGCUGGAGGAGAUACUGAAGCUGUACAACGAUCAGCACUUGCAGCUGGCCAAGAAGGAGCUGCAGGUGAUGCUGGCCGAGGCGUUGGCCGAGAACCGUGCCCAGCGUGACAUCAUCGCCGAAAUGAAGGAGCUGGCCGCCAAGGACCAAAUCCAGGAGCACGAGACCGUCUGCAUCAUUUGGACGACGGUCAUGGACAUACCGGAGUGGUCCAAGAAGGAGGAGCUCGUCACCGAUCAGGCGGUGCGCCACUUGAAACAGUACACCGGCCUGUUCGCUGCGUUCACGCAGCAGGCGCGCGCCGAACUCAGUCUCAUUCUCAAGGUCCAGGAAUAUUGUUACGCGAACAUGACGUUCAUGCGAGCCUUCCAGAAAAUCGUCAUGCUUUUUUAUAAGACGGACGUGGUCGGCGAGCAGGCCAUUCUCAAGUGGUACAAGCAGGAUUACAGCAGCGUCAAGGGCAAGAUGAUGUUCGUCGACCAGAUGCGUCAGUUUGUUGAGUGGCUGCAAAACGCGGAGGAGGAAACCGAUUCCGACGCGAGCAGCGAUUAAUUCAAUUGGUCCGACGACUCGACUCGUUCCACAACAACAUUAUCGGUGCCACCACACUUUUUUCAUCAUUUAAAAAUAGCAUUUUUUCCAAUGUAAUUUUGAGAAUUUUUUUGUAAAAUAAACAUUUCUGGUGCCUUACUCUGUUGGUGUGUGGCAGGCAAUAGUGUCCCGGGGUAUAAUCUGUAAUAAUAUUGACCUCUAUUAAAAUUUGUACUUCGUUCAAGAGUAUUAGUACAUGGGAAAAAAUGAUAUUUCUAUCAAAAUAUCGCCAAUAUUGUCGAACUCAAUAAUAUGUUAUAUAUAAUGAUUUAUUGUCAAUUUUUUUAAUAUACAAACAAAUUUUAAAUACAA